CAUGCAGCCCCCCAGCGCCACAGGCGUGACGUCCGUCUCGUUGCGGCGCGUUAGUUACCCAUCGAGGAUGCCCUCGCCAGUGAUGCGGGCACGACGCUCCGCAAAACUUGCGGAGUACCUCUCCACCUACGCCCUAUUGGAGCACAUCGGCAUUCACCCCACCGCCCUCAUCGAGAAGCGCGACGCUGCUGUAGGGAUUGGGCUGUACGUGCGCGACGCUUGCGACGCUGGCACCUCCCUUCUCGCCGUCCCGUCGCGCCGCUUCUGCGCGAAUUCCGUCCUCUCCAAAGUGGGCCUGAAGUGCCAAUUCACAAACCCUUGGCAGACGACGUCGCAGACAACCACCACGACCGCACUCGCCGGGCCUUCACUGUCGCCGAGGGCCACGGACACCAUUCAAGAUGGGAUUGUGUCCUUCCUCACCGGGAGCUCCCAGUGGCCGGAGCUGGCGUGGCGCCUUACGCUGGAGCAGCACCGCAGUGUCUCGCACCUGUGGGGCUGGCUGCAGAGCCUUCCCUCCGCAGCGGAGUUGAAGGACCAGACGGAGGCCGCGGAGCGACACUGUCGCAUCCAUCACACGAUGCUGCUGCCCUACUACCUCAAAGGCCGGCAGCGAAUGCAGGACGAGACUCUCGCGGCGUACCGGCAGCUGCGUACGAACAACUUGCUCGUCAGCUACACCACUUUUUAUUGGGCGGUGGAGGUGCUACUGUCUCGCGGACUGCUUCUCCCGCUGGCUUGGCCGGUGGAAAGAAGCGCGAAUGAAAGCUUGUUGAUGCGGGAGCGAGCGUCGGCGCGCGGCGACGAGGACGUGGAGGAACAGGAAAGAGGGUUGUUUGCACAGAGCCCACCCGAGGAGAACACCUUGGAGCUUGGUGUCGUGCCUUUUUUAGACCUCGUCAACGCCCCAGACGAUGAAGGCCGUGUCGUGAACGCACGCAUCGAAGUUGCCUCGACGCUGGAGGAGCUACCGGCGUUCUUUCAAGAAGAAGUUGUCGUCACCUCCGCAGCAAAGGGGCGUGAUGGGACGGCGGAGCUGGAGGAACUGCUGAGGACGCACUACUACCUCUGCCUCACUUUGUUGGCACCUCUGCGUGCUUCAGAGGAAGUGAUCGUGGAUUGGGACGUCCCUGUGGUCACGACGGGUGUUCUGCACAGCGCAGAAGAUCAGCUCGUAUCUCGGCUGCUCAAGUACAAGUUUUGA